AUGAAAGAUGGAGAUCUUUCUCAGUGUACAUCUGUGCCUAUCAUGGAUAAUAUGGAAACUAUAUUAAAACUUCCACAGGGAUCCAGUGGACAAUUAGAGGCCUAUCGCACACAUCAUCCUAAUUUACUGAUCAAACCAACUCUUUUUUUCCUGGUAGUCCCAUGUAGUAUUUUUAAGAAUCAUGAUAACUCUGAAAAGAGAGAUGAUCUUACUUCAUCUUCAUCAUCAUCAUCUUAUUAUUAUUCUUAUUCUUAUUCUGCUGAUGUAGAGAGAGUUCUUCAAGAACAUCUCGUCAUGCUUAGGAAAACACUUUACUGGCGAGAAAAGUCCUCCUCCUCCUCCUCUGAUGAUGCGGAAGAUGUGAGAAGAAGUGAACUCCCAGCGGUGAUAUUUGAGGGUCUCUGGGGAUGUACACUCACACAAAUACGGCAAGCCGCAGAAAUGGCAGCGCGUCAUUCCUGUCGUGUUUUUAUUCUCGGCGACAGUCGACGUCGUUUACUGUCGGGUGAAGGGCCAACACUGCGGGAAAUGGGAAAUUGGUGUCCUUCGGCCUUUCGUGGAUUUCAAAUCGAUGUGCAUUCCACUGAGCAGGCGGAGACGUCCACACACUCUUCGGCAUUACUCUUGUUGGGAGAGGCACAGCGUGGGUUCGCCGCCCAAAUGAAUAAUAAUAAUAAUAAUAAUAAUAAUAAUAAUAAUAAUAAUAAAAAGAAGAAUAAAAACUCGAAUGAGUAUUUACGAGAAAACUCCACUCAGGUUGAACAUGCUGUUUCAUUUACAGUGGUUGAAGUAAUUGUAGAUCCAAAGCGAGAUGCUUUCAUCCCUUGGAUGUGUGUUCGCGAUAAUUUUCUCACAACUCGCCUGUUUGAGGCCCUUUACGAUAAACGACACUUCUGCACAGCAGAUGCGGUGAUGUAUGCCUCUGAGCGGGUGGUGUUGCCUUUUCUUAUUGGAGAGUUUUUUCUCUCUAGAGAGAGAAAAAGAGAAAGAGAACUUUCGAAUAGUGAUAAUAUCUUAACAGGAGCGGCGGCUUCUUCUUCUUUUUCUUCUUGGAAACUCAUGCGUUGGACGGAACUUUACCUGUUAUUACGUUGGCGGUACUUUGAAUCUACAUUUGGUUCACUUUCACAAGUAGUGCGAGAGGAGAAUGUUGCGGCUGUUGGUGGAGGUUUGGAUCCAUUUAUUCUUCCACUACACGAUUUAUUUAUUCAGCGUAUUUUACUUCCACGCAUGCGUGCAUAUUAUUAUAAACACCAUCACUCUUCCUGUAAUGAGACUUCACCACCACCACCAUUAACAAUAACAGAAAGAAAAAAGAUAAAUGUAGAUUCAACUGUGUUAAUAGAGGGGACCACUGGUACUGUGGAUAUACUUAAUUUUUUUAAUAGUCUUAUUACUGAACCGCAAAGGGGAUGUGAGAGUGUGGAUGCCAUUCGUCGUAGUAAUGAAGACGCUAGUAAUGAUAAUGAUAAUGAUGAUGAUGAUAAUAAGAAGAAGAAUAAGAAGAAAAGAAAAGGAAAGCAAUCCAUAAAUGUGAGGGAUUCAAUGGAUAAUAUUUCAAUAACGAAGAAGGAUGAAGAUGUGUUAAAUGAUGUUUACUUUGCACUAGAGGACCUACCGGGAUUGGUGAAGUAUCUUCUUUAUUUUAGUCAGUACUUUCAGGUCUCUAAUGAUGCUACAAGUGUUUCCUUUGCUUUGCAGGAUAAUUCAGUUGUGUAA